UUGGCGCUUAAAACCACCUGGCUCCGGCCUAUUCCUAACCCAAAUUCGGGCCGAUUUGCUGAAUUUUGAUUAUCCGGAUAUUUUGAUCUGUUUAUCCGAUCUGGAUGAUUCGGAUAAUCCAGAUACGGAUAAAUGGAUGACGGAUUAUCCGGAUUGGAACUCUAAAUUAAAGACUUUGCUACAUAGAUUAACAAUGAAAAAAAAAUCCAACCCGAUUGAAAUUUCGAAUGUCAUUUAA